AAAGUUUUGUGUUCCAUUGAUAUUUUCACGGAAUGUAUUUUGUUAUCAAAUACCUAAUUCUUUCAUAAAAAAUAUUUCAACGAAUGAUUCCAAUUAAAUGUUAAAGUUAAAAUAUUAAUUUGGAACGCAAUAUACGCAGUCAGAUUUUUUUUUUAUUGACUGCUUUGCGUAUUGUAUAGUUAUUUUUAAUUCAUUUGAAAUUUUUAAUAAUUCAUGGUCGGGUGUUGUGACUGAGACUGAGAAGAAAAAGGAGGUCUAGGCCUAGGCGAAGAAUUGUAGUGUGCGAGUGAUGUUAUGACUACGGGAUUUCCCCGACCAAUCGAGUGCAAUCAAAGAAGACUGAAUGACGUUAUGAGAGAUGAGAUGAGAUAGGCGACAAUGUCGAAGGUGCUGAGCGCUCUCGAUGGCGCACUGCCGGACGAGCGGCCGCUGCUCUCGCUGCAGAUCGUGGAGAGCGUGGCCAAGUGUCCAGCCGGCUACUGGCCCGUCAGCCGGACGUACGACGAGGACGCCGACGCCGGCCUGCUGCGGCAGAAUGGUCUCUUCACCAAGAAACCCAGCCAUUACAUCUGCUUGUCAAAGACUGAAGGCGUGCCCGGGUACGUGAUGGACGGCGUGCUGGUGGUGGGGGAGCGCGAGGCGGCACCGGCCGGCUACAGCGUGGCGGGCCGCGCCGGCAAGCGCCGCCUAUGCACGCGCGUGUCACGCCGCACGCCGCCCGCGCCCGCGCCGCCCGUCACCGACGUCAUCGUCUGCUCCAAGAUGAGGCAGGCCCCCCAGGGGUUCAUACUGGCCGGUGAGAUAAACGGCAAGAUGGUAUGCUACAAGGUGAGCGGCGGCAGCGCGGACACGUCGCCCACGCACCGCGCCAACGAGUACGAGAACGUGGUCUCCAAUAUUACCCCGGAAGCCAAUAGGAGACUUCGGCCAGUGCCCGAGCGGCCGCCGAAGUUGUCCCCCAUAGUGGGCGAGCUGAACAAUCUGAACCUCAAGUCGCCGAGCUCGUACCCCGCCGUCGAGGAGUUCACCACCGAGCACGACUACGAGGCGCUGAGUCCCUCGUACAACGUGCGGCCCGCGCGGCCCGCGCCGCGGCCCCCGCCCGCGCCCGCGGGCCCCGCCGCCGGCCCCGCCCGCAAGAAGGGCCCCGCCCCCUUACCCAAAAACCCCAACUAUCAGACGCUUGGGUUGUACAACGGGAUGGAUGGAGUUCCGUUCGUUCUCAACCCCAAGUUGAGAGGACUUCCGGAUGAUACUUUGACACAGUUGCCGGUGAUAAAGCGACGUACACGCUUCGAACUCGACAGGGAUUAUUCUUACAACUUUGCAGUGGAGCGACAGACGUGAGAUUGAGAAACGACUUAAUUACAUCAGUUUUAAGGUGCACAAUCUCAAAUUUGAUGUUAUUAUCAGUAAUAAUUUCCUGCUAGUGCCCCAUUGCACACAUCAAUUUUAUCACUGUUAUUACAGGCGUCACGUGUCGCCUUUAUUCCGGUGUGCACGAAUGUUGAAGAUAAUAAAUUGGUUAUUGAAUACUUUUUAUAACUUGUGAAUAAAUUAAACUACGUCAUAAACGAUUAUAGCGUUCGUAGAUUAUCUUUUAGGUAUAUUUGGAGAGCACAGGUUAAAAUUAGUAUUUUGUAAUAUUUAAAGUAUAAAUAUAAAUUAUUUAAUGAGAUAGAUAACAUAUAUGAAAUGAACCUCAAUAUUCCACCAACAUGAUCGUGUACGAUUGUUUAAAUGGUUGUGUAUAUUAAUAAAAUAUAUGAGUGAAAUGUGACAUAUUAACUAUUUUAGAUAUAAAUGCAAUAAUGUACGUAGAUUUUUUUUUUUUGUAUUUGAUAUGAAAUUAGAAGUUUUUGCAUGUAUUCGGCUCAUAGAUAUAAAUAUUAUUGAUGAAAUAUUUUCUGUAUUGAUUUUUUUUUUUAUGUUAUUUUUUUGACGAUUGCAAAGGAUAAAAGCAAUAAUUGUAUUGGCAAAUGGGAACAGUAAUAGGCCACUAUAUUAGGAUAAUUGGAGAUUCGACUAAGAUUUAUAUUUAAAAAUUAUUAUAGAUUGGUUUAGUUGUGAAAAGGAUGAUGCCCUGGACUGAGAAGUUAGUUAUAUAAAUUGAUGGCAUGCUACAAGAGUAUACUUUUUAAAAGGCCAGCAAUACAAUGUAACAAAUGAUAUAAAAAAAUGUUUCAUAAUUUUGUAAACAGUAUCUAAAAGAAAGUAUGAUGUUGAUUGGAAACAAAAACUUUUGUAUUGAAAUGCUAGUCGCAAACCAAAAAGUAAUCAGAGAAAUAAGUGGAAGAAAGUUUAUUUGUACCACAGAUUAAAUUAGUUUUUUUUAACAAUACAAGAAAAUUCUGCUUACCCUAAUGGGAGAUAAGCGUGACAAAUAUGUAUAUAUGUAUGAAUUGUUGUGGCAUAUUUUAUCCUUAUUGCUGUAGUCUUUUUUUUUUACAGGUAUCAGUGUUUUCGCCUUACAAUAGCUAGGUUGUUUAGGUUAUGGGCAUCAUCCUUCACAUACAGUUCUUUUACUGUGCUAUUUCAUUUGCAAUAUACAAAAUCAUCAAAUUUCAAUUUUAAUACCUCCAGAAUGUUAUGGCACAUAAAUAUUGAAUAGAUAAAGCAAGAUUGUUAAUUGUUUUAUUAAAUGUACCAUAGUUUUAAGUGCAGAUUCAAAUAUCAAAUUGAUGUAGCAUAAUAUAAGUAGACCUCGGUGGUUUUGUGACUUAACACACCAUUUCACCUUUCAAUGGUCGCGGGUUCGAUGCCAUAUAUAUAUAUAUAUAUAUAUAUAUAUAUAUAUAUAUAUAUAUAUAUAUAUAUAUAUAUAUAUAUAUAUAUAUAUAUCUCCUUAUAUGUUCAGUGGUAUUUAAUAUAAUUAUAUUAUAUAUAUUGGUAUUUAUUAUAAUUAAAUUGUCCCAUUUAAACUAUAAAGCGCAUAGCUAUAAUAUGGUGAAGCAACUUGCGUUAUCUAUUUAGUAUUCAUUUAUUAUUGGUGGCCAAUAUUUUAAUGUUAUUUAAAAAAUAUAUAUAUGUAGUGAGGUGUGGUGUGAUGUGGCCUUUGAAGCGUGUACCGACGCGUUAUAGACUGAUUGAUGCACGACACAGGAAACAUGCACAGUUGAUAAUGUUGGCUGUUGCGUUUCCAGUGUUACCAAAGUAAUGCAAUAUGGACUUGUUUUUAAUGUGGUUACAAAUAUACCCAAUGUUUGUUAUACCCAAUAGACAAUUGUUUUUUUUUAAUUGGUCAUUUAUUCAAUUGUUGACAAUGUGAUUAAGGUAAUAGUGAUCAAGCAAAUAAUGUUUAGAAGACUGUUUAGGUCACGGUUUUAUUAAAUGUCAGAAAAAUAUGUUUAUACCAUUAACCUUUCUUUGCACAAUGGUGGAAAUUUCCAUCAUAACGUUGAAUGCCCAAAAAUUAUAUAAAAGAACAAGUUCACUUUAAGUUGAUCGUGUCUGGAUACCUUUUUAAUGUCCAUUGCAGAAAAAAAACAUAGCUGACAAUUUUUUUUUUUUACCAUUUUUCCUUUAAUUUUAAAUAUGAAUUAUAUCAGCUUAAUUUAUUUCAUCAAUAAAAAAAUCAUGCAAAGAAGGGGUAAAUAUGUUAAAAGUAGAAAGUUCAUAAUUGUUUUAUGACAUGAGUACACAUCGCUCCUGUUUAUAAAUUACAUUGAUAAACAUUGUUUGGACAGAGAGAGAGAGAGAAGGACGAAGACGUUGACAAUGCAGAGCGUACGACAGUAUAAUUUCUUCCUUAGUCUUCUUUUGCCGACACACGCUCAAUGUAUUUAAAUCUGUUUAUGUAUAAUUAUAUAAAUUAUUAUUAUGAAAUAAUAGAUAAAGGAUUUGUGACUGAAUGCGAAGUUUAAUAGUCCUUAAUGAUUAUUAUAGCGAUAUAAAUGUCGAUUCGUAAUAAACACUUUUAUUAAAUAUAUACGUGACCCAAUUUUAACGAUAUCCGAUGAUUUGUGUAUACCAAUUUUUUUAAAGUAAGUUUAACCUUUUUAUUGAGCUCAAAUUCUAUGAUAUACAGUUUAAUUAAAUAUUGCGUAACUCAUAUUGAACAAAUAUUUGCUUUAUCAAGAAGUUUAAGUAAAUUGAGAUUAAAACGUGAGCAUUGAAUUGAUGUCAAUAUAUUUGAGUGCACAGUUUAUUAGCAUCUCUUAUUAUCAUUUGGCUACUUCGAUUCAGCUACAAACUAUAUAGAAAAUAAUAAUAAUAAAUACUUUAUCUUACAAGUUCAAUAAUUGUGACUCCAAAGACAGGUACCUACCGUAAAUUGAAUUUUAAACUUAGAACUCUCGCGCGGUUGUAGAAAAAAAAAGCGCGCUUAGCUCGAACUAUUCCUUCCAUCGUUUUUCUAUACUCUUUACAUUGUAUGUAUUUGUUUUUAUACACUUAUAUACCAAUUAGUUUUGACUGAUGUAUGCGUGCCCUUGUCAUUAGUUGUUAACUUGUUGACGCCAAUUAUAUAUUAAAAUGUGAAAAUUGAAUACAAUUAUACGUUGUGUUCGUGUUGUGCCAACCACAGUAUAAAAAUUGUGUUCUUGGUUACCGGCCGCGUGCCUGCCAGCCCCCUAGUCAGUGUAAACACCAUUUGUAUGUUUUUGUCUCAUUAUAGUCGUUUUAUUGCUAAAUUCGCUGCCGUUUGUAAACAUUGAUGAUGGAACUCCUGCGGUCGUGUUCAGGCCCAGAUGUCAUUAUAUCGGGUUGAAGCAAACACCUCAGUCUAUAUGAAAGAUAAGCGUGUCAUAUUUCUUCUAUUUAAGUAAUAAAAAAGUAGAAAUAAUUUUAUACAAAUAAACUUUCUCGAUUUUUUUCUUCCUCUUUUCGCCUUUUUCCAUAUCUGUUUGGGGUCAGUGUAAGAACAAAUUCUUAAUGAAAUAUUUGCACGUCACACGGUUGAAUGCAGUCUUUUCUUUAAAAACAUUAAAAACUUUUAAUAUAUUAACCUGUAUUCGAGCAAGUAAAGUUAUCAUACAUUCAUUCAUCCAAUUUCAUACAUAAUAUUUUUCAUAUCACAUUCACAAAUAUUUUUCAAUUGUCAAAUUUUUAUAAUUCCGUCUCUUGUAUUUAUUGUGUUACGUUAUAAAUUAAAAGCUAUUUACUGAUGGCAAACACAUUCGACGUUAAAUUUCAAAAUGGUUUAAAUGCUGUUUAACUUUUUUGAUAAUUAUAUAAAGUCGUUUCAAUACAAAUUCAAAUUUGAAGAGUCCGAGUAAGCUCUUUUGUGCUCAUUUAAGGUAAACUGACACACAGUUACAUCCAACAAAAUAUUUCUUUGAUUAGAGGUAUGUUGUUUCAUAACUCGCAUGAAAUCAUCACGUUUUAAAAUUAAAACGACUCGAUCCACUUUUUUAAAUUAGCUAUUGUUUGUCGUUCAAUAUCUAAAUUAUAUAACAUAAUUCCAAAUUUGAAAAUCUGUAGUAAAAACCUUUUUACACAAAUCGUAAUACAAAAAAAUUAACAUAAGUUUUAAAAAUGGAAUGUUUCAUUCCAUUUUUUUAAACUUAUGUUCAUUUUUUUUAUUCAAUAUCUAUAUACAUACGGGAAAUUAAUGAACUCCUGUGUUUUUGUCGUUUCUGACGAUUGUUUCGACAUCAUCCGGAAGUCUUUCUCAGGAGUCGUUCAGUGCUUUGUGUCACAGCGUCUCAUCUCGCACGAGGUGUGACGCCGUGUAUAUGUAGUAUGUAUAUAGAUAACGUUUCAUUUCAUAUAACGUAACUCGGUCGAAAUUUUUUUUAGGGCUAGGGCGUUAUCGUAAUACUUUCUCAUUUAGAAGUUUAUGUAUGUGAAAUGUAAAAAUGUAAAUUUAUUUAUAUGAUUUGAGUAAAGUCGCCGUGUGAUCAUCUAUCAAUCGACUAAUAUUUUAAGGCAAUAAUUUUACUGACACUGAUUAUAAGCGGCAGCGGAUAAUAUAGCGUGAUUAGUUACAAAUUAUACGUUUAAUUAGAAUAUACAUGUAUACAAGUAAUAUUAAUUAUUUAUGCGCAUACAUAAGGUAUGUGUUUUAUUUUAUACUGUCAUAUAAUGCAAUAUUCCUAAAUUGUAAAUGCCUGCUUUAACGCAGGUAAUAUUAAUUCAACAAAGAUUGAAAUUUUGUAAUCAUAGCUUACCUUACGACUUAUUACUUACAAAAUGGAAUUUAAUACGAUAUAUUUAGGUAGCUAUUACAUUGCCGAUCUAGCAGUCUAAUUUUUUUUUAUUUACAAUGUAUAACAAGGAGGUGCUGUAUAAUAUUGUUUUUAUUAAUCACCUUACACAUUACGUUUACAUUAUUGUAUAAAGCAGAGUUAAUUCCUAAUACUUUUUUUUUUUAAAUAUAAUUACUCUGUCUUAUUAUAUUUUUAAUAUUUGAUUUUAGUAAUCCUUUUUAAUGAAAAUCAUUACUUUCUGGGUGGACAAAUAGGUACUAAUUUAUUUAUAUUUUAUUGCACAAUAAAAUGUCAUAAUGAAAAAUAAUAUUCUUAAGAACAAAAAUAUAUAUAAUACGUAAAGAUACAAGACGUGACGACCGUUUGAAUGGAAAAUAAAUAUAUGUGGUCAGACUUAAAUUUACAUUAUGGCCACAAAGAAGUUUCAAUAUAAAAUUUGUACCAAUGGCGAGCUAAUGCUAUUAUUUCAUUCUCUACCAACUAAUUAUAAGUAUGAAGUUAUUUUUGUCAAAAAUAAGUGUACAAAAUAAACGAUUUAGAACUUGAUCGAUGAUUGUCUCUUUGUUAUACGGGUUAUAUAAGCGUCAUCCAGAGUGAUUGGAGAGAAAUUAAUUCUCAGUCCGCCCAAUUAUUUCGUGAAAACUGCCCUCUGUCAAACUUUUGUCAAUUGUUGUACAUAUCUAGUUUAUUUUAGGCUAUCGCUAUUGUUAAAUUAAUGUGAAGGCUUUAAGACGAUCAAACAAAUCAAUAGAUUAUGAUUUUUAACGAUAACUGACAGUUCAAAUUUAAUUUAUUAUUAGAUUAUUUUUGUUCGUAGCUAAUAAUUUUAUAUCUCACAAAAAUAAGUAGUGUAUCGUGUUAUAUGUAAAUAAAGAAACCGAUUGAACGUAGCUAAUUUUGAUUUGCAUUUUAUUAUUAUAGUAAUAUUAAAUUUCUAUGCCUUAUUAUUAUUUCUAUAAUUUCAAUUAUAAACUUGUCCAUUUUAUUAUUUUUUUUUUGAAACGACCGUUUUAUUAAAACUACCUAAAAAUAUUUAAAUAUGUUACAAGACAAUAUAUGUUCCUAAAUAUAUCCUUUUGUAUGUAUUUAAUAGCAAAAAAAUGUAUUUAAGUAAAAGUUAGGAAGUAGAUGUACCUAACUAGUACUAUCUACAAUGGUGUUUAUUUGCUAUUAAAAAAUAAUAAAAUGGACAUGGUGAUUGUAAAGGUUGAGUUAGUGUAAAACGCCGUCUCAAAUAUUUAUUAUUGUAAAUACUACCUGUAUAAUGCAAUUAGAUAAUUAGUAUGCUUUUUUACGUACUAGAGAAUGUAUUUUAACACGAGUAGCAGCAACAGGCGACUGCCUCAGUUUUGUCGCCAACACUGCCACUAUUUCAAUACGUUUAACGCAGUUUAAAGGCUAAAAUUUAUAGAAAUGAAGCAGACAUUUUUUUUUUAUAGAAAGUAACUGCGGAGUGAUUUGGCACGAUAUAUUUUAGUUGAAAAUGAAAUCGUUUCGAAAAAACGUAAAAUAUAAGGUACCUACCUGAGUCCAUUUGAUGUUUCUUUGAUUUACAUCUUGUCAAGUCACGUUGAUGCUCAGCAAUACUGUUUGAUUUACUCUGAUCAUGCUUUUAGUUUAAAGUCCAAGCGGGUCCAAGGAAACGGCUCGUGUCGAAACUACUACUGUACUGUACUGUACUGUACUAUCCGAUCUGUCUACAAUACUCUUAACAUUAUAAAUACGAGGCCCUUAAUUCAUAGUUUACUUUUAUUUGUAUAGUAAUAGGAUUUAUUUCUUAUUAUUUGGGUGAAUUUGCCACGCUAAGCUUUGAACAGUAACUUGACUGUUUGAAGCGCAGCGCAGUGCACGCUAGUGGGUUAUUUGACUAUAUUGUAAAAUUUUGCAUCCCCUGUUGCUGUUAUACAAUGUUUCUACUUAUAAUUUGUUUAGAAUCAUUAUCAAAAUUUAAUAAAUAUUAAAUUAUUGACUGAUUUAUAAAA